AUGCCUGACGAGUUCCUCGCUAGCAACCCCCCCCCGCUCUGGAUCACUCUCUACCACGUUGUCACCCGCCUCCCUGACUCUCUGCGCCCUGUCAGGGACCAGUUCCUCUCUCGCUCCCCCACUGAGCUCACCGUAGACCUCCUCGAGAAGGAACUGCUUGCAGCCGAGGCUAGUAUCGUCGCUGCGGACGACGCAGGGGCAGGAGUGGCAGGAGUGGGGGUGGUGGCGGAGGAGGCGGGGGUGGAGGUGGUGGCGGUGGAGGUGCGACUGGAGAGGCUAGUGGCGGCAGUGGUGGAGGUGACAGCGGCGUUGGGAGUGGUGACAGGGGCGGAGGUGGCAGCGGAGGCGGAGGUGGUCGUGGCAGCGGCAGGGGUGGAGGUGGCCGGGGCGGAGGCGGAGGGGGUGGUGGUCGUGGAGGCCCGGGGGGCGACGUGUGGGGGGCCGCACCAGACGGAGCGCUGCUUCGCCCGCCUCAACGAUGCGUGGCGCACCCAGUUUCCUGGUGGGGGUGAGCUGCCGCGCUGGGCUGAGCUGCUCAGGAAGGGUGUUGAUAUUUGGGCACUAGACUUUGAUGCUAUUCUCACUGCCAUGUAUGCGAUGUCUAUUAGUGGAGAGGGUGCUCAGUACUUGCGUGUUCCGCCCGACCCGAGCAUUCAGGCCAGCCCCGCUGCUGCUCUAGGUGCUAGUGUGUCUGCUUCCACAGGUACUACUGCAGCUGCUGCUCUAGGUGCUUGUGCCCUCUAG